AUGUUUUCUCGUCUGGCGCCUCAAGCGACUUUACGGCACUGACCUACCGAGCCCCUCUGUCGGUGUCUUGUUUCGUUGGCUUGCUGAGCUAGGCGAGUGCUUACAGCGGUGACAGAAAGACGGAUGGUUGCAGACAUGCGAGAAAGUUCUGAGAAAGAGAGCCUGUCCCGGGAUAUCGGGUCAUUGAAAUGCAUGCGCCCUUCCUUUUCUUUUUGUCUGCCGGCACGUGUCCUCGGCAGACGUCGGACAGUGUGCGGGAAUAUAUGAGAGAGCGCAGUAUUCUGUGUGCGCCCUGAGCAGGUUGCGGGCACAAGAGAUAUCCGAAUUCCGGGCAGCGCAGCAUUUUCGUCACAGCCCCGUCAAGGCGACAAGUUUCUCGCACGUUUAAGAAGCGUCCUGGACCCUGUCCUGCACUGGUAACGAAAUGGCGGGCUACGUCACUUUCAUCUGCGCCGCCGCCGCCGCUGCAGUCGCAACGGCGCAGUCGUCAGCAGUCGCAAGAGCCUCCAUUGACCAGGCCGAGGAACGUGUGCGGGAACUGGCACAGUUACUCGAUUACAUAAAAUCCACAAUUCAGCCUCGCCACUGCACCGAUCUCUUACACGCUGGUCAGCGCUCCAGCGGAGUCUACAGCGUGUUCCACACGGCUGCUGGACCGCUGGGUCAGAGCGUCUACUGCGAUAUGGAGACGGAUGGCGGAGGCUGGACGGUGAUUCAGAGGAGAGGCCAGUUCGGCAACAGCGUGUAUCACUUCUACCGAAACUGGACAGAGUACGCGAAUGGAUUUGGAAAUGCAAGCGAGGAGUAUUGGAUCGGAAACAAGGCGCUGCGCGCGCUCACUUCAGACGACGAGGCAAUUACUCUGCGUGUCGUGCUGAGCAACAGGACUGGAGACAGCGCAUUCGUGGACUACGAGAGCAUUCGUGUUGAGAACGAAGAGAACCUCUUCAAGUUGCGACUCGGAAAGCUGUUGGGACCGGAAGGCUGGGACGCACUGGCGAACGGCAAUGGUCAGAAUUUCUCCACCUUCGAAAGGGACAAUGACGGGGCGCCAUCUGAAAAUUGCGCUGCCCGGUACCGCGGUGGCUGGUGGUACAACAGGUGCCACCUCGCCAACCUGAAUGGCCUGAAUCUGAACGGACCGCACGACAGCUUCGCUGACGGCAUUGAGUGGAGCUUGCGGGGAUACCCCACCCGCCUUUACCAUUAUUCAUUCCCCAGUGUGCACAUGAUGAUACGACCGGCUGGAUCGCUGUUAGACCGCCGAAGCAAGCUGGAUUCUCCACCUCCUUUGUGAAGAAGGGAGCAAUAGCAUAGAAAAAAUGGCAAUUAGGUCGCAAGAAAGUCAAGCAAGGAAGAAAGCUAGAAGCAGCGAGUGAAGCCUGCGCAAAUUGUGAGGACUAGAGUCUUUUCGGUGCCGGCGCUUGAGUAGGCGGAGUUCACUGCAGCGUCCCUGGUGCCUCAUGCUCGUUGGACCCGACAGUGGAAAGCUUUACAGCUGUAGCGUCUUCAUUUCUGUGCAAAAUCACACUGUAACUCCCCCCCCCCCCCCCCCCCGCCCCCUUCCCCCCUAGAAAGUUCGAUUAAAACCGUCUGUGUCCCUAUGCCGGGGGCCUACGGCUACACCAUAAUUCUGCAGGAAAGAAACAUUGGCUUUUUGUUUAAAUAGACAAAAGCUUCAGCUAACGCCUCUAAGAAAGUAAGGAUUUUAUGACGAAGCAUUAAAAAAGACGAUAGAAAUCAAUGCCUUAUUUUAUGAGAACACUAAGUUCAACUCGAAAUAAAACAUCUUCGCUCUAAACAGUUCUUACCCGCCGUGACGGUCCGGUGGUUAUCAUUCCACCGCUGAGGAUGAGGUCGCGGGUUUGAUGAACUACGGUGGAGGCAGUAUUAGGAUCGGGUCGGAAUGGGCAGAACGUUUGUUUACACAGGUUUAGGUCCAACUAAAGAACCCCAAGAUGCCAAAAUGUCAUCCAGAGUGCCCCAAUGUGGCAUAUGUCAUAGACUGUGUCUUAAUUGCUUCAUGACCUUGAACCUCAUGUUUUAUUUCAGUCAAUGGAUACUUUGCUACACCGAAUCCAUAACAGAACUACGUGCUUGUUGCUAGUUCGCAGCCUGAAACUCUAAAAUAACCCGGCACUUGUACUUGGAUACAGGCUAGAAAAAUGUUUCUAGCAUUUCAUGUUUUCUUACGAUAGUAUAACUUCCCAUCAGGCUUUGCUUGCGCUACUUAGAAUAAUAUUUGAUAUUUACAUCAAAACUGAAUUCAACGGCAGGGAUAUCCUUAAGCAGGUCUCCAGUUUACUUUGCGUACGGACGGCUAUGGGCGCUGGAGCACUGUUCUACUGGCCGCAGCACCAUAUCUUAUCAUGAUGUGGAACAGUGGUGAACCACGGCCGGUAGGCAAAGAUACUCCACACGGCACCGUUGUGGAGGACGAGGGCAACGCUGCCCG